AUGUCUCAUUCUUUUCAUAUUCAAAAUUUAUUUUCAUAUCUUACUAUCUAUUUCAGUAAAUUCACAUCUAUCUAUCUAUCUAUCUAUCUAUCUAUCUAUCUAUCUAUAUCUAAAUAUCUAUCUAGAUAUCUAUCUACCCGUUUCAGUUUACUCAUAUCAAUCUAUCUAUCUAUCUAUCUAUCUAUCUAUCUAUCUAUCUAUCUAACCAACAGCUUUAUGGUUAUUUCCCUUUAUCUUUCUAUCUUUCAGCCACUUAUGUACGUGCUUAUAAUGAUAAUAUUUUUGCCUAUCUAUCUAUCUAUCUAUCUAUCUAUCUAUCUAUCUAUCUCUAUCUAUCUAUCUCAGUUUACUCACAUUCAUUCAUCUAUCUAUCUAUCUAUCUAUCUAUCUAUUCCAGCCUGUUCACUAUCUAUCUAUCUAUCUAUUCAUCUAUCUAUCUCUUCCAGCCUGUUCACUAUCUAUUCAUCUAUCUAUCUAUCUAUCUAUCUAUCUAUCUAUCUAUCUCUUCCAGCCUGUUCACUAUUCAUCUAUCUAUCUAUCUAUCUAACAUUCAUCUAUCUAUCUCUAACCCGUUCUCUUUUUUUAAGGCAUCCAGGCAGCCAAUCGUCUCUCUUGGUUUGGGCGCGAAAUGAGGUCAACGGAAGAAUUGACAACAGACGGUUUAAGAUUCAUUUCACUCUUUCGGAUGCAUCAUCGACACGAAGCAGAGGACAUUAA